UGUGCGUGCCGCGAGCGAGCCGAGCCAAGCGAGAGAGCGAUUCCUCAACGCUAGUCGAUGUCCGCCUGCGAUUGCAGGCAUUCCGAUUGUGUCUCCUGGUCAGCAGCAUUCCGCAGUGCGCCCCGUGCGGGGUCCCCGAGUCCCUGCGGCCCAAGGACUGCGGCGGCAGGGCGGCGCGCUAGCGGCAGCGGUGCCACGAAGCAGUGCCUGAACCUGAAGAUGAUGUCGGGCCUGGACCCUUUGCAGGCGCAGGCGGCUCCGGCCCCAGCCGCGGCCCUACCUGCGCGAGCGGAGCUGGCGCAGAGGUGGCUGCCAGCGCGCUAAAUCGGAACGAGCGGACAUGUGUGUUGUGUGUUGUGGUGCAGUUAUGUGCAGCAGUGUUGUUUGUGUGUGCGUGUGCCAGUGAGUGGGUGUGUGUGUGCCGCUGGCGGGCCGAGCCGGGCCAACCCUGGCAAAACCAUGUCCAUGGCACUCAUGCGAUCAGAGUGCAGAAAGUUUGCGCCAAACAUCUUCAACAAGAGCAAGUGCACCAACUGCUUCAGGCAGAAAGAGGAGCACAGUGCCGAGGCGUUGGAGAGCAAUAGGGCCACCCGGAAGGUCGCUAAGUGUGGAUACCUGUUCGUCGCCCCGGGGUGGGACUUCAGCAACCCGCUCAACAGAACCAAGAGAUGGCAACGCCGGUGGUUUGUCCUGUACGACGAUGGCGAGCUCAGCUACUCGGUCGACGAGCACCCGGAGACGGUGCCGCAGGCCUCCAUCGACAUGAACAAGGUGCUCGAGGUGUCGGACGCGGAGACGGUGACGGGCAACGCCUUCUCCCUGGCCAUCACCGCCGCGGACUCGGUCACCUUCGUCAAGGGCACGUGCCGGGAGGAGUGCCGCUGGUGGGGCGACGUCCUAAAGGUCUUUCCGCGAAGCAAGGGCCGCCACAAGCGCACCGCCACCCUGCCCGGCGCCCUGGGCGGGCUUGGCUCCGGCUUGGGGUCGUCGACGGGGCGGUCGCAGUCGCCGGCCUCCGCCGCCCCCGCCGGUCCCCAGCCCGCCACCAAGUCGCUGUCGACGUCCGCGGCCCAGCCCGCGCCUCUCCGCGUGUCGAGCUCGGUGUCGGACGUGCGGACGAGGUUCGGCGCCUGGGACUCGGACGGGCUGGCCGGGGUGCGGCCCCUCUCGCUGCCCCUCCAGGACGCGGGCCAGGAUGACGCCCGUCACGACGGCGUCGUGGACGACGACGACGAUGAUGACGACGACGAUGACGACGACGACGUGUUCCCGACGCGCGACGUCGUGGACGCGCCCUCGCUGACGACGUCCUUUUCGACCAUCACCACGCCCGCGGAUGCGCGGAAAGUGCCGCUGCCGCCCAGCCAGGUGCACACCCCGGUGUACCGGGACCAGCCCGCCUCGUCGGGGUCGCCGCCCACCCGGGACAAGAUCGCCAGCGAGGACAAGAACAGGACGCGGCGAGUGCAGAGCCGCGACAAGCGGGAGCGAGCGGAGCGCGGGCUCAAGGCGGGCCGCAGCUUUUCAGAGGACUUCGCCAGCAUCCUGCCGUCGUGGCGCGAGGCCAAGCUGUCGCCGGACAGCAGAGACGAGAAGGAGGAGGCGGCGCGCCGCGUGCUCUUCAGGGAGAUCGCCAACGAGUGCAAGCGCGGCGAGAAGCUCAAGGACAUCGCGGCCUCCAUCACCAGGACGAGGAGCAGCAGGACGUCGUGCGGGCGGACGGGAACGCAGGCCGCCUCGCAGCUGCAGCCCACGAGGGACGGCGAUGGCGGCAAGCAGGUGCGCGGUGAUCCGGACGGUUGCGGCCUGGACGUGUCGACGCAGCGCUACUCGCCGAGCUCCGAGCUGCGCGUCGACCUGCCGGCCGAGGACCUGCUCAACAUCAAGAAGGGCUGGCUCAUGAAGCAAGGCGCCAGCAAGGUGGGUACCAGCCAGCGAGAGGACGCGGAAAGUUGGGUUUCCCGGAGAUCGACGCUUGACUCGGUGCGGACUGAGGACGUGGUGCUGGCGUGCUGCGGGGAGAUGCCAGAGUCGGACGUCGAGGACCGGCUGUCCGUGGACACUCCGCCAGAUCCGACACCGGCCACGUCGCGGCUGUCGUCGUUGACGUCCCUGUCCUCGCUGCAGGAGACGGCAGACCGGCAAAAGCGCGAGUUGGAAGACAUGAAGGCACAGCUGAAGCUCGAGGCCCUGCGGUUGCGGCAGCGGGAGGCGGAGAGCGGGGCGCUGGACCGCCAAGUCAAGGACCUCCUGGGAACGCUGGAGCGCACCGAGGAGCAGCUCAAGCAGCGCACCAGGGAGGCGGCCAAGGUGACCGAGCAGGCCUCGGAGCUGGACGCGCUCAAGGACCGGUACGCGGCGCUGCUGCGGGAGCACGAGGCCCUGCUGGAGGAGUGGCGCAGCGUGGACCGGAGCCAGGACUGGCGCGGCCUCUACCAGCAGGCGCAGGACCGCUACCGCCACGACCAGGACGUGUGGCAGCAGCGGCUCGCGCACUCGGAGGGCGACCUGCGCGCCACGGCGGAGCGCGGGGAGGCGCUCGCCCGUGAACUUGAGGCCGCCAAGGCCUCGGUGGACGAGCUGCGCCAGCGGCUGGCCACCGGCCUCGAGGAGAACGAGAGCCUCUACGCGCGCCUGCACGAGCUGGAGGGCCGGAACACGGCGCUCGCCCUGUCCGCCUCCAGGGAGCGCGGCCGCAGCAUGGACUCGCUGUCCGACCUCACCAACAUCGACCUGGACCUGUGCUUCGACGAGCUCGACAAGGAGCGCGUCGUCGAGGAGUUCGAGGAGCUGCGCGGCCGCUUCGAGAAGGCGGUGCUCGAGAUCCGCGCCAUGAAGCGCGAGCUGCGCGAGUCCCACGCGCUCCACGACGAGCUGGAGCUGUCGACGCUGGCGCUGCGGCAGGAGGUGCGGCGCCGCGAGGAGGCCGAGCGCGCGCAGGCCAACCUCAUGGCGGCGCGCGUCGAGGACCUCACCCUCAAGCUGACGGCGGCCGAGAAGCAGGUGCGGCUGCUCAAACAGAAGCUCACCAAGGCCGAGUCGCUCAAGGUGCGAGAGAAGCGGCGGUCGCUGUCGCUCAAGGGCCGCGAGUCGUUCCAGAUUUGCCGCGAGCUCGAGGACAAGCUCGCCGAGCUGGAGUGCAAGUUGGCAGCGCUGGAGGGCACCGCGCCCACCACGCCAUCGUCGCCGUCCUCGCCUUCGCCGACGCCCUCCCUGACUGGGUCCGUGGCGAGCUCGAGCAGGAGUGCGGGCAGGACGGAGCGACGCCGGGAGAGAGAGCGGGGCGCGCACGGCGAGCUGCAGGACAAGGACAAGUCGUCCAGGCUGCGCCGCAAGUCGCUGGACAGCGCGACGGGCUCGGAGCCGAUGAAGGUACUGAUCCGACUGAGCGCCCUCGAGUCAAAGGUGGCCAAGGCCGUGCGGCAGGCGGAGCGCCAGGAGCCCGUGCGCGUCAGCGUAGAGCGGGUGUCCGAGGAGAUGCAGGCCGAGGCGGGGUUGCCGUCGGCCAGGCUCGUCGCCCUGGAAGACGUGGUGCUCAGGUCGCGGGCCAAGAUGCGGGACUGCAUGCGGCUGCUCGGUCGGGCAUCCCCUGCACUAGAGAGGUGCAUGGCGGAGCUCGAUGCCGUGCUCCAGGAGACCGACCGGGACGCAGUGUCGGGUGAGGUGCGCUCCGCCGUCCAGCGGCUGGAGAGGCUCCUGCAUGUCAAGCUGCGCGAGUUGGCGAGGCGGCGCCAGACCUUGCGCCAGGCCGGCCAGCUGGACAGGCGCGCGCGCAUGGAGCUGCUCGCCGAGAAGCUGGCCUACGAGACGGUGUUGGUGGGCCGCCUCCAACAGGCGUGCGGGGGCGAGCUGGCCGAGCGGAGGCAGGGCAUGGAGCUGGCCGAGAUCGACCGGUACAUGUCGUCGCUGCAGUCGAAGGUGGACCAAGAGACUGGUACGACCGCGCCGGGCGUCGAGGCUUCGCUGGACCACCUAGUGAAGACUCUUUCCAAACACCUCCAGCUCCAGGGCGCGCUGGUCUCCUCUCAAGGCGAGCGCAGGCUGGAGCAGCGCCAGGAGAACACCCCGGCACUCCCCGACGGCCUCCUGGAACGCAAGGCGGAGCUGGAUGCGGCCGUGGAGCGAUUCCGCCGAGACAAGUUGGGCACGCUGGCCGCACUGCUGGCCGAGCAGACCCUGCGACUGGACCGGGAGGUCGACGGCGACCAAGAAGAGGACGGGCUGCGCGACGCGUUCCGAGUGGCUCAGCGGAUGGCCCAGGAGGCGGUCAAUUACGAGCUGGUGCAGGCGGAGAUCUCCCAUGUGGCGGCGUGCUGCGCCCAGGGCUACGAGGCCGUGCUGGCCGCAGAGCGAGAGACGGCCAUAGACCUCGGCCGCGUCGGAGAGCGCGGGCGGCUCGAGCUGUGGGCGGACGUCGCGGAGCAGGCCUUGCACGCGGAGCUGGAGGCGGCCUCGGCCGCGCUCUCGGCGCUCUACGAGCAGCGCCUCUCUGAGCUCAGGCGGAGCAAGGAGCGGCCUUCAUGGGAGCGACUCGCCGCCGAGGCCAGGGAGGAGGACGUGCGGAGGCUUCUCACGGAGUUCUCGGACGUGACGGCGCACAAGGCGCUGGUGGACGCGAGGAUCUCGGUGUGGAGAGGCGACUCCCGGACGGGACCUGUGGACGAGGGCGCGGCGGUCGAUUUAGUCAACAAGGUCGUGGACGCCGAGGCCGAGGCGAACACCCACGGCUUCGCGUCGGCGGCUCUCUCGGCCGAGUUCGAGUUCCUCUUCCACAAGUUCUGCGGCGAGUGCCGUGUGGCCGUGGGCGAGGCCUCCAAGGACGUAGCUGUGAACGCGACCCCGCUGGAGGAGGAGAGCUGCAGCGGGGAGGUCAUGUGGGCGCUCUCGGACAUCAAGGAGGAGCUGAACCGCCUGCAGGACUGCAUACAGCUGGGCACCGAGGAAGGCCACGGCCCGAGGAGCGGGGACGCGGAGCGGUCGGACCGCAGCAUGGAGGGCUCGGGCUGCUGGAGCUGGACCGACAUCUGUGCGCAAUGCACGCAGCUCAGGCAGCAGGUGGUGUCCCUCCAGAGCUGCGUCCUCCAGAGCCAGGCGUGUCAACGCUGCCAGCAGCUCCAACAACAACUGGACAGGUUGGAGUCGCUUCAUGGUGAAGAGCUAGUACAACUGCGUCAUAGUCAGGAAAAAGAAAUGGCCACCCUAACUGGUGAACUAGAAAUGCAGAGGAGAUCACUGGUUUGCCAGCAUGAAAUGGAGCAGGCUCAAUUGAAAGAGCGAGCACGCAAAUUAGAAAGGAGGCUAGACACGCUAGAUUCUGAGUAUUCCCUUCAAAUGGAUAAUUUACAUACUGCUUACCAAAAGACACUGGCUGCUGGCUUAGAGAGAGACUUAGAUUCGGGCGACAACAUUCGGCAACGUUAUCAAACUGAAAUUGAGCACCUUAGGGCAUUAUGCGAAAAAGGAUUAGUGGCAAUGGAUAAUUCUCACCGUCGAAUAAUUGCUGAACUUGAAGAGAAGCACCGGCAGGAGGCUGAACAGCUUCGCCUAGAAAAGGAUCAAGCCUUAGCCGAAGAAACUCAAGCCACUCUUGCUGCUCUGGAUGCAAUGCGUAAAGCUCAUGAAAUGGAAGUUCAAAAAGAAAUUGCAAAGUUUAAGGCUGAAUUCAUUAAAAAGAUGCAAGCUACUCAUGAUAUUGGUGCUCUUCAUAAAGAGCAUGAAGCUGAAAUGGAAGAAAUUAAACUAGAAAUUCUAUCUCUGUCCGAAAAGUAUUCUGUGAAAUGCCUUGAGUCUGCAGCUUUAGAGGAGCAAUUAGGACUUGUGAGCAAUCAGCUUGCUCAAGCUCAACAGCAUAUAUUAGAUUUGGAUGCAAGGAACAAACAGCUUAGGGCGCAUCUUGUGUCAGAAGCUAAUGAAGAUGGAAGGUCCAGUCCACCAAUUCAACUGCUAAGGGAAGGCAAACUGAGCUCGAAUUGUAGCACAAUCAGUGGAAGUGGGAGCAGCACGAUCAGUGUCAACAGCAGCGUUGCCAGCAACAGUAGCCAUUGCAGUGGAAGCAGUGUUGAUAGCACGCAUGGUAGCCUUGGUAGCAUGGACUGCUGGUCCCACCAGACUUCACCACAGACCCCAGCAUUGCCUGAUCCUUGGGGACUGCGCAUCAAAGGCUCCAACCAGAACAUCAGCAGAGGCAGCUCAAGCAAUGGACUACGAGCAGAGUUUCUGGGCAUCAGAGCAAAGAGCAAACAGCGCACGGAACCGGCAGUUCUCACUUCUGCAGAACUGAUGCGGUAUUCAAGACGCCACUGCUCUUCUCUACCUCCCAUUGGUUCUCCUCUUCGCUCAUCCUCCCCAUCCCUCUCAUCACUUUCUUCACACUCAUCCUCGCCCUGUCCACUUAGUGGGAUGGUGGCUGAACGGAAGAAGAUGUUUGAACAGUGAGUGAGUAACAUAUCUAUCUAUUAAUCGUCCAAUAAAAUUGAUAUGUUCUUCAUUUUGGGGAAAUUAAGAAAUACAGUAUUGUUUCUUGCUAUACUAUGGUCUUUUUCAAACAAACUAGGUCAAUUUAGAACUGAUUUUGUUGGACCUAGAACUGCUGUUUUAAAAUUUAAACAGGAUACCAUUUUUUAUGUGUUCAUUGAUUAUCAGUGUGUCAAAUGUGAGUAUAUUUACUGACGCUACUUGUAAUAACCACCAAACAUUAACAUCAGAUUUUAUUGGUGUGAGAGAAUGAAUGUUGAGAGGUGUAAACCUGUAAUGUGUAGACUGAACUGAUCCUAUAAAUUGAGCUUACAUGUAUCUCUAUACAAAUUUAUGACUUGUUAAAUUUUCUAUAACAGAAAAUAUCUUAAAUUGUAAUACUGUUGUUAUAAUGCAAGGUUUUCCUUCUUCAAAAAAUCAAAUUCUUACAUUAUUCUUUAAAAUUUCUAUUGACAUUUUGCCUCGUUGUUUGGUGCUUCUUUAAGUCAAUUUUAGAUAGUUUGCAAAAUUUCCAAACAAUGUUUGGCUGUGUAAAGAGAGUAUAACGCUCUGCUCAGAUCAACCAAAGUUGUGUAGAGCGGCCAUGUUAAGAAUAGUUUAGCUUAUAUGACAUGUAUAACAUCUGUUGAAUGUAGUUGAUUUGCUCACCUUGGGCAAGAGUGAGUUUUCUCUAUUUGUGUUUCUUUCUGUUCCCGGUCAUUGCCUAUCUCGCAUGCUGUGCAUGGUAUUAGGUAGCCAUGUUGAUUAAAACAGUCUGUUUCUCUGGUCUGAAUUUACACCUAAUGGUUUGUGGCUGUGCUGUGAAACUCAAGCAAUAAUGUUAAGGUUCAAUAAUUGCUCCAAUUCCUCAUUAAAAGUGAAACCUUACCUUUUUGGCACCAUCCCAAAAAACGAAAAUGUCUGUGUUUAUGUAAUUUGGCCAUCUGUGAAUGGCAGGUCAGAUGUAAUCUCAGUAAUAUUUUGAUAUUUCCUUAGAUGUGUUUUAUGUGCUCAAAUAGUGUAUUUAUUGAGAGAAUUUAUUAAUCAGAUAAUUUCAUUCAUUGUUUUUGAGCAUAGGAAAGGAGUCCUAUUUCUAUAAAUGUAACAUUACUGUAACAAAUACGGUUAACCACUGGUUCUAUUAACUGAAAAGAUUUUUUUCUUAAAUCAGCAACUCAAAUUUAUUUUGAAAUUCGUCUGGAUAUUUUUGAAGGUCUUAUAAUGAGGCAUGGAAUUACACUUGUUCAAAAUUGUUGAUAGUGUAUGUGUGAGUGUUGAUGUGAGAGUUUGCCUGUGUGUGAGUGUGUGUGUUAGUCUCUAUGAUUGCCACAUAUCUAAUAAGUGUGCAUCAGGGUAAUUUUUGUAACCAAACAAAAUCAGUCCUUAAAUUAGUUUCAAUGUAAGAAAACAAUCUAAUGCUCAGUACUAUGUAUGAUACAUUAAUAUAGAGUUAUGUACAGUUUGAAGUGUAAAUAUCAAUUCAUUUGUAUAAUUUUCAUUCUUCCCCUUUCGUGAUUUUUUCAAUAACUGGUCAUGUCAUUAGGUUUCCGAAGUGAUAUUUUUAUAACCACUUAGAAUACUUUGUGUUGUUGUAUUGUGUUUUUCAUGUUGUCAUUCUGUUAUGGAUGGAUGCAAUGAAUGAAAAUCUCAAGAUUUUAUUUGCAGAUUUAAGUGUUGAUUUGUGAUUUAUUUAAAUUAUGUUGUGUUGUGCCUUGUAAGUCUUGGAGAGAGAGAGAGAAAUGAUAUUACACAAUUGUUAGCAGCAAGAAA